CUCACACCUGUUUAUCAAAAUUCCUCAAAACUGCUCAAUCAUUAUUUGUUACUAUCGCGAGAUAUUUUCAUAAACAAGUCAUUUACAUAAUGUUAUUUUAUGCCGCGGCGAGUAAACGACGCCUCAGUCUUUAUCCAACUGUUAUCCGACUUAAGUAUUAUUUGAGCGGUUUUGGGUCCGAGUUUUCCUCGGAAGACCCAAGAUGCCCCAAUUCGUUACCCAGAAACCAGAACAACCCACAAAAGUGCCCUUAUGGUCUGUACGCGGAGCAGUUGUCGGGGAGCGCCUUCACCGCGCCAAGAAGCGAAAACAGGAGGAGUUGGCUGUACAGGAUUAGGCCUUCAGUGGGACACGCGCCCUUCAAGCCCUUUAACAAAGCCAAUGUCACCCAUGACUGGGCGGACGCAGAACCCGAUCCCAAUCAGAUGCGGUGGAACCCUUUCGACUUCCCCAGAGCCGGCGGAAGUAUAGAUUUUGUCAACGGGCUGAACACCUUAGCAGGGGCUGGUGACCCUAAAAAUAAACAAGGGCUGGCCAUUCAUAUCUACUCUGCGAAUAAAUCAAUGACCGAUCGGUGCUUCUACAAUGCGGACGGGGAUUUCCUCAUAGUACCACAAACCGGAAACCUAAAAAUCACCACCGAAUUCGGAAUAAUAGAAGUCGCCCCCAAUGAAAUCUGCGUAAUCCAACAAGGCAUGCGAUUUUCCGUACAAAUUACUCAGCCAUCUCGCGGCUACAUCCUCGAAGUAUUCGGCCAGCACUUCACCCUCCCCGACUUGGGUCCAAUCGGCGCCAACGGCCUAGCCAAUCCGCGCGACUUCCUAACCCCAGUCGCCGCCUACGAAGACCGCGACGUCGACCACUACGAAGUCGUCGCCAAAUUCCAAGGAAAACUCUUCGUCUAUGAGCAGAACCACAGCCCUUUUGACGUGGUGGCCUGGUACGGCAACUACGUACCCUACAAGUACGACCUGAGCAAAUUCAUGGUGAUCAACUCGGUUUCGUUCGACCACUGCGACCCGUCCAUCUUCACGGUACUUACUUGUCAAUCCGAGAAAAAAGGUACUGCUAUUGCAGAUUUCGUCAUUUUCCCGCCGCGCUGGUCCGUCCAGGAAAAUACCUUCCGGCCGCCGUACUACCACAGGAACUGCAUGUCGGAGUUCAUGGGGUUGAUACUGGGGGAGUACGAGGCGAAGAGGGGUAGUUUUCAGCCGGGGGGAGCUACUUUGCAUAGUAUUAUGACACCGCACGGUCCGGAUUUUAAUUGUUUUGAAGGUGCUAGUAAUGCUGUGUUGAAGCCGGAGCGGGUUGCUGAUGGUACUCAGGCUUUUAUGUUUGAGAGUUGUUUGGGGCUGGCGGUGACCGAAUGGGGGCUGAAGACUUGUGAGAAGCUGGACCCCAAGUACUACCAGUGUUGGCAAGGGUUGAAGAAAAAUUUCACUGGACCGAAGUAGUUUAAGUUGUUGCAGGUUUUGUAUGUUUUUUUUUUUAAUAAAGUAUUCCUGAUAUA